AUGAACCAGGAAGUCGGUUUCUUUUUCGCCACUAUAUAUGUGAACAUAUUCCAAAUCCUCGUGAGCGGUCUGUACCUUCUAUGCAACAACAUCAUAACUGUCAUUCUGAUGGCAUCUGAGUGGAACUCUUACUGUUCUCAAAGACGAUCACUCCGUGUGUCUUGUCCACGCGGGUACCAAAGAUCCACCUACUUCCUAUCCCUACCAUAUCGAUAUUCACUUCCUUUGAUGGCUGCAUCUAGUGUACUUCACUGGCUUGUCUCUCAGAGCAUCUUCGUCAUCCAGACCAUUGCAUACCAGACACCUGGAUUUGACCGUGCCCCAGAUCUAGACGGAUCUCUUGUGGGGACAUCUCCUAUUGCCAUGAUUUUGGCAGUUUUGGUUGGCGGUGUCAUGAUUUUCACGAUGCUUGCCUUUGCGAUUUUCUCAAAGUACAAGCCGUCUCCCACCAAUGUUAAUGGCACGCCUUCAUACCCUGCACCAUUGGUCGGCACAUGUAGCGCUGCUAUAAGCGCUGCGUGUCAUGCACACCCAGAAGAUCGAGACCCAGCCUUAUUGCCAAUUCGAUGGGGGUAUGUCCGAGAUGACUUGGGGCAUUCCAGUGGUCGGUUUCGAUUUAGCACAGCGAGGGAUCUUAUAUGA